AUGCCCACAGCGCCCGAUCCUCGACGAGGACGAGCCUGUGACGCGUGCCACGCUAACAAAACAAAGUGUGACGGUGGUACAAAGUGUACCCUGUGUAUCAAGCGAGGUAUAAGCUGCACCUACAAGCAUGCUUCUAAAGCAGGCAGCAGCAGGAGUAGCAGGAGCCCUGUCGAAGAUCCUAACCGAACAGCCUCUCGUCCUGUGCCUGUCCACGAAAUCAACACCCCUUCCUCCAUCACACCCCCUAUAGCUCUUGGCACGUCUCAAAUUUCCCCAGCCGAUGAAAUCAAGGCUGCUUUCAAGCGUAUCUCGAACGAUGUGCGGACAGGCAAAAUACCCGUCGGCGAACCUACAACUGUUCCCGCGCCAGACCAUCCAUGGAUCGAGGCCAACUCACGAGAAUAUUUCGGCCGAAUCCAUGAGGCCUGGCCUAUUCUCCAUGCCCCUUCUUAUACCAUUGGUAUGGAGGAUUCUUUUGUCAUCGCGACCUCUGUUGCUAUGAUAAGUUGCUGGCUGAGAAGUCCGGAUGAGUAUGGAGAGGUGGUGAUGGAAUUGCAUGAGACUAUUAUGAAUACAUUAUCACAAUGGAUAUCAAAUACGAUAUGUCGACAUGAGACAGAAAAGCCUUGGCCGAUAGAAGCAUAUCAAGCUUCUACCAUCCAAAUGAUAUUUGCCCUUUACCAUGGUGACAAGAGAUUAAUCGCAAAAGCAUCUCUUUUGCGUGGUACAAUGAUCAUGUCAAUGAGAGAAGUCGAUUUCUUCAACAGCGACGGCUCAUCAGAACAACAAAGACUCUAUUACCCAGGGACAUUUGUCCCAUGGCUAAUGACUGUCCGCGAGAAAUGGAAAAGAAUCAUCGUCUCGAUAUACAAAAUAGACGCCUACUACGCCCUAGCCCACUUCCAAGCCCCAACCCUCUUCAGAGAAGAACUCGACCUCACAAUGCCCGCCACAUUCACCCUCUGGAACGCCUUCGGUCUAGACAUAUUCUUCCAGCGUCUUCCCUUUGAACCAACCGAUAGAUCAAACUUUAAAAUCACGGAAAUCUGCGCCAAUCCAAACACACCCGCCAAGUCUCUUUUACUCUUGGAAGACGUCCACCUCGCGUUGUGCGGUCUAUCACCCGCGAUAUGGAACCACGCGCAAAUCGUGCGACGAAGCGCCGAAGCAGGCCGUUCAACGCAUAAUUCUACAGCAUCGUUAGGAUGGCAGCUAGAAGCGUGGAAAGCGGACGUGGAAAGAAUACAGCACCAGUGUUUUCAAACGUUUCACGGUGCGGGUAUGGGCGACUUUCCCUUCAAGGCGUACAUCGGAGACUUUGAGGAUAAGCCUCCGCGGGCAAAAGCCGCUGCCAUGGUACACAUCAAGUGUUUAGCUUCGGAUUGUUUCAUGAUUUAUCACCUACAGAGUCUCCAGCUAUACUCUGACACGCGGACGAUCAACUCCGUUGCAAAGGCCCACACGUCACCUAUCCUCACAGACCGCGAACCCACCGUGCGUCCUUGGCUGCAAAAGCUUCACAGCCAACUAAGUCUCUGGACGAAAUCGCCCGAAAGCCGAAAAGCUGUGCUCCACGCCCUAGCGGUGCUUCUAGACUGUGAAGCAGCUUUGGAAUCCAACUCUCCUCAGACGCAAUCCAUCGACCCAACAGCUUACCUCGCCAUCUCCACGAGCGCUUUGGUAGUAUGGGCGUGGACUUUGUUCAGUGAAUCAGUUUGCAUGUGUGUUCCUAGUCUGAACCACAUCAACAUCGGUGUCGAUCCGCCAGAUCUGCAAAACACCAACACUGCAAGGCUGGAAACGUGGAUACAGGCUGAUGGGACAGCGGCGGUGAAUAAUAUUCCGCUGUGUAGAUGUGUGGUUAAUGGAUGGACGGCGAGGUUCAAUGCUCUUUUACCACUGGGGAAAAGACGGUGGGGAUUGUGUGAUGAGGUUGCGCCGAUUUUGAGCUCUCUUGGUGCUGGUAACUGA